UGUUAUUGGGUUGAGAAUUGAGGAGCGCCAACACCACCAUUCAAACAUUUCUCCUGUUGCUAUCAUCUCUCUUCUUCUUCUUCAGAUUCAGAUUCGAUUAGAUUUGUUUGCAGAGAGAUGUGAAUAAACUAAUAAGAUGAAAAGCCAUGGAAAGGGAAGCUAACCUCCCGGUCCCACCGGCAGCGGCUACCAGCGGCGUUCCUGUCCGUCCGAUAAACCCUGACUCCGCCAAACUCACUCGGUCCUCCAACUCCUCCUCCUCCUCGCCGCCGGACUUUCUCCGCGACGUUCAGGCCGCCUUCAAGCGCCACCGGCCUCUAGGCAAUAUACAAUCAAAUAAUAUAAGGCCUAGAAGACAACUGCUUCCUCGAAGGGAAGUUUCAAACAGCUCAACCAAAAGUGUAGAUCCUAUGUGUGAUAUGAAGAAGGCACAUGAUGAUAUUUUGGCUAGUCACAGACUGCAGGGUUGUAUUUCACAACCAAAGAACACAGCCUCUGUUGUCAGAGAAAUCCAUGAGGAUGAAUCAGUCACUCCACCUUCUGAUUGGAAUUCGACUGUGAAUACACAUGAACAGGAUUUUAGAUCAAUGAAUGCUCAGCGUGAUCAAAUUAGGUCCUUUGAGGGGUGUCAAAGCAAUAUUACACUUGAGUCCACAGUUGCAAGAAGUGAGGACAUUCCACUGGUUGAGGGUCAGAAGAAAGUCCAUUAUGCCGCAGAUUACAAUUCCAGAUCCCAGGGGGCUGAUGGCCAAAUGGCCACUCAAAGGGAUGAUUUGUUGUCUCAUAUGAAUUCACUUGCAUUGACAGGAACUGAAUGGUACACAAGCAGCCAAAUAGAGGCUCCGACUGUUGUCAGUCAGGACAUGAGGAAUCAAAAUGUUCCACAUUCAGAUAUGGAUGGUAAUUUAAGGUCUGAGGCUGGGAUUUCUUUGCUGGAUAAAAGAACUGCGGCGGUCUCUGAUCAGCCUCAUCAAUUUAGUAACUUUCUACAAAGUGAUUUUAGCCACCCAAUGACUCAAUCCUCAGUUAAUGGGUCAUCUUGCAUCACAACAACAUUGAUUAACUCUACUUCUGCUCCCAUGCUUAAUUCAACAACCUAUUGUUCACAAUCUCAUAAAAUGGGCAAUUCUCAUUUAGUUGGGGAACUCAUAGGAGAGUCUAAACUGAAUUAUGAACUGGUGCCCCAAAAAGAUAUUAUGCAGCUUUUGCAUCCUUCAUCCAAGAAUGAAAAUGUAGCAUUAGCCGGUCAUGAAGCCCUUACAGCUCCUAACUCUAGCACUGAAACUAAACUGGAAGCUAAGAGUUCUAUCCCAAGUAAGGAGCAAAAUAGCACUAUACCUAAGUUGGGUGACACCUCCAAUGGUCCUUCCCCUCUUGAUGGAAAUUCUGCCAAAGGGGAUGUUGCAGAUAUGCAAUCUGAGGAUGCCUUGCCAAAAGUUUCAUCAUUGGGCUUGAAAGCAGAACCUUCCAAAUUGGAGAAACCAGAGAAAGUUGCAAGCAGUAAAGUCACAUCUUCAUCUAGACGAAAAACUUAUGAUCCUGAUCUGUUUUUCAAAGUUAAUGGAAAGCUUUACCAAAGGCUUGGGAAGAUAGGUAGUGGUGGAAGUAGUGAGGUCCAUAAAGUCAUUUCAUCAGAUUGCACAAUUUAUGCCUUGAAAAGAAUCAAGCUUAAAGGUCGAGAUCACGCGACUGCUUAUGGGUUUUGCCAAGAAAUUGAGUAUUUAAAGACACUGAAGGGGAAGAACAACAUUAUUCAACUCAUUGACUACGAGGUGACAGACAAGAACUUGCUUCAGGAAGUCAUGAAUGGUUCCAUGAGUAAUAAAGAUGGCAGGGUCAAAGAAGAUGGCUUUAUAUACAUGGUUCUUGAAUAUGGAGAAAUUGAUUUGGCUCACAUGCUGUCCCAGAAAUGGAGGGAGCUAGAUGACUGUAAUGCAACCAUUGAUGAAAACUGGCUAAGAUUUUACUGGCAGCAAGUACUUCUUGCCGUGAACAUUAUACAUGAAGAACGGAUUGUGCACUCAGACCUAAAGCCAGCUAACUUCCUGCUCGUGAGAGGUUCACUGAAGUUGAUCGAUUUUGGCAUCGCCAAGGCUAUAAUGAGUGACACCACAAACAUUCAGAGGGAUGCACAGGUGGGCACUUUAAGUUACAUGUCUCCUGAAGCAUUUUUGUGCAACGAGACAGAUGCAAAUGGAAACAUCAUAAAAUGUGGCCGUCCAUCAGACAUUUGGUCACUUGGUUGCAUCCUUUACCAAAUGGUUUAUGGUCGGACACCAUUUUCAGAACACCGAACAUUCUGGGCAAAAUUUAAGGUUAUAACAGAUCCGAACCAUGAAAUAACAUAUGAACCAGUUUCCAACCCAUGGCUCCUUGAUCUUAUGAAGAAGUGUCUUGCAUGGGACAGAAAUGAAAGAUGGAGAAUUCCAGAGCUACUCCAACACCCUUUUUUAGUUCCGCCGGUUCCAACUCAACCAUCUUUCCCACAAGAGCAAAGUUGUAAAUUGGUCCAGUUGCUCAUGAAAUCAUGCCAACAUGAUCAAGAUGCACUGAUGUUAUGUUCACAACUCCAACAAUUGCUAGCUGACCCCAGAGCAUCAAAGCAGUCGGAAUCAACGACAAGUCAACAGUGCGAGUUGCUCUUCGAAUUGUCAAAACUAUGUCUCAAACUACGAGUACAGUUGGCAACAUUAGGAGGCAAGUAAAGCGGUGAUGUAGAUAGAUGAAGUUGUUCACUUGUUUGUUCUUAGCUUCAUGAUUUUGGACAGUAGGUCCAGUGUGGUUUUGUUUGACUUGCUUUGGUUUGUGGCAUUGUCUAGCUAGAGGCUCAAACGGAAGCUGUUGGCUGGCAGAUUAUUUAUAGCCCCCACCAUUAACCAUAGAAUGUAUUGUUGAAAAUUAUGUAAUCUUCUGAUGAGAAAAGACUGGUGGUAUUCUAUGCCUAUUAUGCAAUUCAUCUGUAUGGAAUUUGCAAAAAGUUUAAUAUUUGAUAUUCUAA